UUGGACGUUACAGACGACAGUCUCCAUAUAUCACGCUCUUGAAAUUUUCCUUUUCAAAGCUCUCAUGUAUAUCCAUUGGAACGUUCAACGUAAGGCUAGCCACGAGAAUUUAAUGCCUUCUUUGGUGCUUCCAUUUACUCAAGAUGUCAAGAUUGAUCCCACCAGUGACAACCAUUUUGCCUUUUGUUUUUCAUCAAUGCCCAUAGGUUUUUGAUAUCAUUCCUUGAAUCUUCAUCUCUUUCAUCAACCAAGAGCUUUGACAUAUGGGGUUCUUUAGUACUGUAUUGGGUUUCUUUGGGUUUGGAUUUGGAACUUCCAUUGGACUCCUGAUUGGUUACUAUCUGUUUAUCUACCGUCAAUCCACUGAUGUCAAGGAUCCAGAAAUUCGGCCUUUAGUUGAACAUGAAUCAGAUGACCCAAAAUCAUUGCAAAUGCUGCUGACAGAAAUACCCCAGUGGGUAAAAUACCCAGAUUAUGAUCGUGUUGACUGGCUUAACAAGUUUAUUGAGAAUAUGUGGCCUUACCUUGACAAGGCUAUUUGCAAAACUGUAAGGGAGAUAGCAAAGCCAAUUAUCGCCGAGCAGAUUCCCAAUUACAAAAUUGACUCUGUUGAAUUUGAAGCACUUUCUUUGGGUUCUCUACCACCAGCAUUUCAAGGAAUAAAAGUUUAUACGACAGAUGAAAAGGAUCUGAUUAUGGAACUAAUAAUGAAGUGGGCUGGGAAUCCUAAUGUCCUUAUUGUAGCAAAUGCAUUUGGUUUGAAAGCCACUGUUCAGGUGGUUGAUUUACAAGUAUUUGCAGCUCCACGCAUUACCCUGAAGCCAUUGGUUCCUACCUUUCCUUGCUUUGCAAAUAUAUACGUGUCUCUAAUGGAGAAGCCACAUGUCGACUUUGGGCUAAAACUGUUUGGGGCAGAUGCCAUGUCCAUUCCUGGCCUAUACUCCUUUGUCCAGGAGCUUAUCAAAGAUCAAGUUGCAAAUAUGUAUCUCUGGCCUAAAGUCCUAGAUGUACAAAUACUGGACCCUGCUAAAGCCAUGCGAAAACCAGUUGGAAUUCUCAGUGUAAAGAUUCUGAGGGCUACGAAACUUCAGAAAAAAGAUCUUAUUGGUUCAUCAGACCCUUAUGUGAAAUUGAAGCUCACGGAGGAAAAGCUUUCCGGGAAGAAAACGUCUGUAAAACAUCGAAACUUGAAUCCUGAAUGGAAUGAAGAGUUCAAUUUGGUUGUUAAAGAUCCAAAGUCUCAAGCCUUGGAACUUCAAGUCUAUGAUUGGGAAAAGGUGGGCAACCAUGAUAAGAUGGGAAUGAACAUCAUUCCUCUGAAAGAUCUUACACCUGAUGAGACAAAAGUUAUGACUGUUGAGCUGCUAAAGACUAUGGACCAGAAUGAUACACGAAAUGAAAAGUCUCGUGGACAACUAGAGGUGGAAUUGUUGUACAAACAUUUCAAGGAAGAUGAAGUUCCAAAAGAUGAGGAUCUAACUUCGGUGGAAAAAGCUCCUGAAGGAACACCUGCCGGUGGUGGUUUACUUGUCGUAAUUAUACAUGAAGCUGAAGACAUCGAAGGGAAAUACCACACAAAUCCUGCCGUCCGCAUACUUUUCCGAGGAGAGGAGAAAAAAACUAAGCGUAUAAAGAAAACCAGAGAUCCAAAGUGGGAAGAAGAGUUUCAGUUCAUGUUGGAGGAACCGCCCAAAAACGACAAGCUUCAUGUAGAAGUAUUCAGCACCUCCAAAAGGUCAAGGAUGGGGUUACUUCAUCCCAAGGAAAAUCUGGGUUAUGUCCUUAUAAGUCUUUCUGACGUUGUGAACAACAAGAGAAUCAACGAGAAGUACCAUCUCAUUGAUUCCAAGAAUGGGCGAAUUCAAAUUGAGUUGCAGUGGCGAGCUUCAACUUAAGAAGUUGGCAAGUUAGGUGCUUGAAAGGGACCCCUUGAAAAAAAUAUUUCUUUUUUUUUUUUUUAAGUAAAUCUAAGUUGCUGGCAUCUCCUCUGCUAUA